AGCAACAAAGAAGUUAAAAGGAGCAAAUUCUAUUAUUACAAACGUGGAUGAUGAAGUUAAUAAAUAUUGGAUUUCUGCUGAAGUUGAAGAUGUAAAACCUUUGGAUUGGUGGAAAACUCAUUCUACUGAAUAUCUUAAUUUGUCAAAACUUGCAUUUUUAUAUUUAUGUAUUCAAGCAAGUUCGGUUCCAUGUGAACAACUUUUUUUCAAUUGCUGGUCAUGUUUUAUGUAA